AUGGAAGUUCAGUUUGUUAUUCAGAUACUGUUUUCCAUUGUGAUUAUAGCGUUGCUGGGAAUCCUAUUGCGCCUUUACAAUGGAUUGGUUAUGAAACCAAAGAGGCUUCGUUCCAUGUUGCAGAAGCAAGGCAUCAAUGGACCUCCACCAGCUUUCCUUCUUGGAAAUAUAAGACAGAUUCAGACGACUGUGUCCUCAGUUGUGAAGGCCACUGAUCCACCUCUCAUCCAUAACUGUGCUGCUCUUCUUUUCCCUUUCCUUGAGCUAUGGAAGGAGGAAUAUGGUCAAGUGCUUGUAUUUUCCCUGGGAAACAUACAAGUUCUGAAUUUGAAUCAGCCUGACAUAGUGAAAGAAUACACAACUUGUGUAUCUUGGGACUUGGGGAGACCUUCAAUGAAUAUUAAUGAUCUUGGUCCUUUGCUUGGUCAAGGGAUUCUCACAUCAAAUGGAGCUUUCUGGUCACAUCAGAGGAAGAUCAUUGCUCCUGAAUUGUACAUGGAAAAGAUCAAGGGAAUGGUGAACCUGAUAACCGAGUCUGCAGUUUCAUCCUCUUGGUGCCUCAUGUAA